AUGCAAGUGCAGGGAAAGUUUCUUGAAAUCCUUCAGGACAAAGGAAAACACGUCGCUUUCUACUUCAUUUCGCAGUUUCUCAAAUUCAAGGAGAAGCAACGGCUGCGCAAAGAAGGAAAGUCUGUCGAGCCCAAACUGGUCAGAGAAGGACGCGGGCCGACUGAAAGACCAGCACUUGGGAAGCAGCCGCAUUUUCUCUUCAUCCUCGCGGACGAUAUGGGCUAUCACGACAUUGGAUACCACCAGGCGGAGAUUCUCACGCCUUUCAUGGACAAACUCGCUACGACGGGCAUCAGACUCGAGCAAUACUACGUUCAGCCCGUUUGCACUCCCACUCGUGUUCAACUUAUGACCGGGAGGUAUCAAAUCCGAUAUGGAAUGCAACACGGAGUUGUUCGCCCGCCUCAGCCUGAUGGAGUCCCUCUCGACGAAAAACUCCUUCCCGAAGCGUUGAAAAAAUGUGGCUACAAUACGGAAAUGAUCGGCAAGUGGCACUUGGGCAUGUUUACAGAAGAUCAUUUGCCGCAGAAUCGCGGGUUUGAUCAUUUCAUGGGAUUCUAUACCGGCUCCCAGGAUUUCUUCUCGCACAACAAGUGCUUUUCUGGAAUGUGCGGUUACGACUUCCGCGAGGCAACAGCUGGCCAGCCAGAGGUCAUCAGAUGGGACUUGAACAACACUUACAGUACUGGCGUCUUCGCGGACGAACUCGAAAAGCGACUGAAGAAAAUGGAUCCCAGUGAACCUUCUUUUACUUAUUUAUCCUUCCAGGCCGUCCAUUCCCCGCUACAAGCCCCUCGAAAGUUCAUCGAUCAGUACCGAAAUCUAAAGAACCGUAAGCGACGAAACUACAAUGCAAUGGUGACAGCAAUGGACACAGCGAUCUACAAAGCUGUCAAAGCUUACAAAAAGUACAAAUUCUGGGAUGAUACCAUUCUCAUCUUCUCCUCGGACAACGGAGGUAACCUCAAAGCUGGCGGCUCGAAUUGGCCGUUGCGAGGAGCAAAAGGAUCGCUUUUCGAAGGUGGAGUCAGGACAAUCGGCUUUGUUCAUUCGCCUCUUCUUCCGGUAACGAGAAUGGGCACUGUUUCGCACUCGUUGAUGCACGUGAGCGAUUGGUUUCCAACUCUUCUUCAGCUAGCCGGAUGCAAAACUACCGAUUAUGGGGGAAAACCACUCGAUGGUGUAUCUCAAGUGCGCCAACUCUGGAUCGGCGGAGAAAACGACCACGCUCGAGAUGAAAUCCUCCAUGGCCUCGACCCACUCAACAAAGUUAAGAAUACUGUCGAUCCACGACCCUUUCCGAUCCUCAAGAACAGAACCUUCUCCGUCGACGUAGAAGGCGCAUUGAGAUGGAAGCAGUGGAAGCUGAUCACCGGCUCAAUCAAAAUUUCAGAACAAACUCGUUGGUCGACUCCGCCAACAGCGAUGUACGGCGGAGCAAAAACAAUUUUUGACAAAGUUGAGUUGCCAAAGAUUGCUUACAUCGACGACCUCAAAUUAGACGUGGACGAGAAAUCACUCGAAGAAACGAUCAAGCUGAAACGAACAAUGAAGCAAAGAACUCGUCGAUCAGAAAAUAUUUCCUUUUUUCUCUUUAUUGAACCCUUGAAAAGUGAUCUGCGAAAAACCGCCGCAGAAAGAGAACAAGAAAUCAAAGAUAAACAAAUUCUGAAAAAACUCAUGAAAAAGAAGAGCAAAAAAUCUCCGGUGAAAAAAUCCUGGCUUCGCUCAACAACUGCGAAUAAGCAAGAAAAAGAAAUCAAGAAGACCAAGCUUGUUCGUCUCUACAACGUCGUCGACGAUCCCUUCGAGCGAUUUGAGAUUUCAGAUGCUCAUCCGCAAGUUGUCAAUGUCAUGCUUACAAAAUUGGCGGAUUACUACGACGCGUCAGUUCCACCACGAUACCCCGCGUACGAUCUCAGAGCCGAUCCUGCUCUUGGCGAUGGAGUUUGGCGACCCUGGAGAUUGACCCCAGCUCAAAUGAGCAACAUGACAGCUGAGGAGAGAAAAAAAUACUCGCAAGAAACUCAUGAGAUGUUUAAUCACGUGGAUGAUGGAAACGGUAUUCGCCUCCAAUUUAUGGAGAACUUGCUGGAAGCCAGGAAUCGGAUUGAUAAAAAAAUUAAUACCAAGAAAACCAGAAUAACCGAGAACUGA